AUGACUAGUAGUACAACUGCAACAUCAAGUGCAUUAAUCGAUUCACAAUUAGAUUGUGCACUCGAUUUAAUGCGACGUCUGCCUCCGCAACAAGUGGAAAAAAAUCUGUCCGAUCUUAUUGAUCUUGUACCUGAUUUAACUGAAGAACUAUUAGCUGCUGUUGAUCAACCGCUUAAAGUCGUUCGUGAUCGAACUGUUGGCAAAGAUUAUCUAUUAUGUGAUUAUAAUCGUGAUGGCGAUUCGUAUCGAUCACCUUGGACCAAUACAUAUGCGCCACCUUUUGAUGGAAAUCUUCCGUCGGAUCGUCUUCGUCAUUUGGAAAUAGAAGCAAAUCAAGCAUUUGAACAAUAUCGUGAAAUGUAUUUUGAAGGUGGUGUUUCAUCUGUUUAUUUUUGGGAUCUUGAAAAUGGUUUUGCUGGUGUUGUACUUAUAAAAAAAGUUGGCGAUGGUAGUAAAAAAAUAAAAGGUUGCUGGGAUUCAAUACAUGUUAUUGAAGUACAAGAAAAACAAAGUGGUCGAACAGCACACUAUAAAUUAACAUCAACAGUCAUGCUUUGGUUACAAACACAUAAAACGAUGUCAGGUAUGAUGAAUCUGGGUGGAAGUUUAACACGACAAUUGGAAGCUGAUCAUCAAAUCACAGAAUUUUCUCAACAUAUAAUUAACAUUGGAAAAAUGGUUGAAGAAAUGGAAAAUAAAAUUCGACAAACGCUUAAUGCCAUUUAUUUUGGAAAAACAAAAGAUAUUUUAAAUAGUUUAAGAAAUUCAGAAAGUGCUCAAAAUCGUGCACGCUUGCAGCAAGUUAAUUUUACAGGUGAAUUACAAUCAGCACUCAAUCGUACAAAACCAACGGAAUAA